UGUUCUUGCUGUGCGGUAACAUAAACAAAGGGCUUUAGAUGCGGAUAGAAUAUACCUGCAAUGUUCAUUUGGAUGCUUUAAACAAGAGAUAAACGAUACAAUUACCAGGACAUUGAUUUAAGAUCUUUAUACUAUUAUCAUAAAGAUAUCGAUUUGAGAAAUGGCGACUGGAAAUAUCUCAGAACACGAUCCUUUGAUGGACUCCGUCACAUGUUCGAUAUGCAUGGACGUUCUGGACGACCCGAGAUCGUUGCCAUGCAUGCACUGUUACUGCAGAAAGUGCAUUCAAGAUGUUAUAGACAAACAACAGGACAAGAACACAUUAGCGUGCCCCACCUGCAGAGAUCUCUGCCCAAUUCCAAGGCAAGAAGCUACAGGUUUAAAGGUUAACUUUUUCGCUAACUCUGUUUUGGAUGCCAUUAAGGAUCGCUCAAUGAGUCAAUCAUCUACACAGUACUGCGAUAUUUGCCUUCAAGAAGAUGAAAAGGUACCUGCUAUUCUAAGAUGUAUCGAGUGCAACGAAAAGCUUUGUAAGGCGUGCGGACGCGCACACAAAUUGUCUCGUCUUACAAAGUUACAUCAAUUACUUGAGCUGACUGGGGAUAUGUCACAAGAUACUAAAAUCGCUAUAGAUAUGUUAUCCAAGCGAACCAUGUACUGCCAAGAACACACAAACGAGCCUCUCAAGUACUUUUGCAAAGAAGACGACUGUCUUAUCUGUCAAGAUUGUUUUGCUUUUGACCAUCAAGGUCAUGCGUUGGAGAAAAUUGAACAAACUGCAAAAACAAACAUGAAAAACUUGCACUCGGUAAUUGACCUUGGAAGGCAGAGGUCAGAUAAGUACGAAGUUGGUAUCCAUUCGGCACAUAACCGUAAACAAGCGAUUGAAAAAUACAUGGAGGCUUGCACUUCAAAACUGGAAGAGGAUGAAAGACGCGUCUAUGCUAAAGUUGAUGCUCACUUCAAGGCGUUGAAAGAAGAUAUCAAUAUCGAGGGAAAUGCAGCCAUUAAGAACACCGUUGCUCAUUUGGCUGAACUCCAAUUCAACAAAGAUGCGAUUGAUGGUACUGUUAAGCAAUUACAGGCCAUCCAAGAUCACGGUCAUCCCGCUGACGUUGUACAUAUGAUCCCAGAGAUGAACAGCAAGCGAGAGGCUUGGUCAGCGCCUCCUGAUUUGGACUAUCGGCCAUUAGCUAAAACUGAAAUCAAACAAAGUGAAAUUAAUGAGGGGAAUAUUAUCCUCGCAUCUGUUACGACUGAACUGGAAUCGAUAGGUGUCAAGAAGCAUAAAAUUAUGAACGAUUUUGGUAAUCUGAUUGUUCUAACGAGUGACGAAAUCGUGAUUACAACACGAAAGAAGGUUGUGUUUUAUGACCCCAAUUUGAACCCCAAAAGAAAAAUUUCAAUACAAGAAGGCUGGAAGGGUGUGACUAGAGGAAAUGGCGGUUGUAUUGCAUUUUUCUGGAUCAAGACGGAUGAAACUCCAGAAGUUAAGAUCUAUGGUCGACAUGGUGACCUCGAAAAGCAGUUUGUGAUCUCAGGCAUCAAGCAACCAGGUGAUUUUGCAAUUAAUAAUCUCGAUGAACUGCUUAUGAUCGAAGGUGGUGCAAGAAUAUGCCGUGUCGAUACCAAAUCUGGAAAAGUUACAGCGAAAUCUAAAAAAGACGAACGUUUGUUUCGUGGCAUUUGCUGCAUGGCAACCAAUAGUAACAAUGAUAUCAUCAUGACGAACUCGAAAUGUAUUGUCGGCAUUAGAUUGAAUGGCAGCGAUGUGACGAAGUUAUUUGAAUACAGUCCUGAUGGGGAUGAACCAGACCUCUUCCUGUGCAUCGACAGCAAGGAUAAUAUUGCUGUGAUCGAUAAGUCCACAUAUGAAGUUAGACUUUUGUCACCAGAGGGUGUGCACAUAAAAGACUUAAUUACUCCAAACACCGAUGGAUGUUUCGUCGUCGCUACGAAAGGCAAUUCUAGUGGAGAUCUGGUGGCAUUAGCUGCUCAUAAUUUCGGAAAUUAUGAAGGAAGGGUUUGCGUUUUCACAUUGAAAUACAGAUCACAAUGGGGUGAUCUUUUAUAACUCCUCAAACAAAUGUGAUAUAUUGCCCUGAAACUUACGUUGCAUUCGCAUUUUGUUUAAAAAACGCAAAUAUUAUGAAUAGUUUAAGUAUGCGUGGAAUUCGUAUAUCUCUUUUACCAAUUAAUCAAUACGUACACGGCUCUAUAUGAUUCUUGAUCGAAAAUGAGGUCAGUAAGUGAUUCUAGAUACACGGAUGUUUCUAAAUUUUUCAGAAUAUCGGUACAAUUAUAUUUCUUUAUGUGAAAAAUGUAAUUGCGUAAUAAAAUU